ACUGCCUCAGCAUAUGAUUGUAGUACUCUCUCGGAAAUCUCGAUCGGUCGAGUGUGAGAUCGGAAAGCAGCUGCACGUACCAAGCUGCUCUUGAUUCGGGACCAUGGAAAUUGAAAACUUUGACGACGUGACCAAGAUCGGCGAAGGUACCUACGGCGUUGUUUUCAAAGCACACAACACAGUAACCGGAGACUCAGUUGCGCUCAAAAAAAUCAAGUUAGACAAGGAGUUAGAAGGAGUCCCAUCGACAACUUUGAGAGAAAUAGCAACUCUGAAGAAUCUUAAGCAUCCGAACGUUGUCAGACUCCUGGACAUCAUACCCUCUUCGAACAGUCUGUACUUGGUGUUCGAAUUCAUGACGUGUGACCUGAAACGCUUAUUCGAACGCGCCAUUUCGAGCAAGACUCGACUGAGUGAACAGUUGAUAAAAGGCUACGCGUGGCAGCUGCUUCAAGGACUAGAUUACUGCCACCAGCACAUGAUUUUACAUCGGGACCUCAAACCGCAAAAUCUCCUCAUCGACUCCCAAGGACACAUAAAGCUAGCCGACUUCGGGUUGGCCCGCGCUUUCAACCUGCCUGCCCGCCAAUACACCCAUGAAGUUAUAACGUUGUGGUACCGCCCGCCAGAAAUUCUACUCGGCUCCAAAUUAUAUGACAUGGUGGUGGAUAUCUGGAGCUUAGGAACAAUCAUAGCUGAGAUGAGCAACCUGGUCUGUCUAUUCCCUGGUGAUUCAGAAAUUGAUCAACUCUUCCGCAUAUUCAGGAUUUUAGGAACACCCAAUGAGAGUAGCUGGCCCGGAGUCACUGAAAUGCCGGACUACAAACCCACAUUCCCGAAAUGGCAAGCCAAAUCCGUCGAGAACCACCUUCCCCACCUGUCACCCGACGGUAGAAAUCUCAUAGCAUCAAUGCUAGUUCUGAAUCCCUCGAAACGGGUCAGUGCGCUUGAAGCUCUCAAGCACCGCUAUUUUUUAAAUGUUAGCAUUCACAAGCCUCUCCCAAUCUAGUCAAUAAUAAUAUUAUUAUUAAUUCAAUAAUAGUUUCGAAAUCGACCUCCUUGUGUAAAUAGCGGCGAGACGAGCCUCGAGCCGAUAUCGUCAUACCGGACGUAUAUGGCUGUUGUGACUACCGUACCAUAAAUAAAUGAAACUGAGAC